AUGGAAGUCGAGGCUCUUCUUAACAAUACUUCGGCAUUAUUUUCAUCAACAUUUGCUAUUUUAUCAAAUGAUGAUGGCUUAUCAGCAACUCAGUGGGAUUAUCGGAUGGCGAAUGUGAGUGGUUUAAAUACCCAUGUUGAUAUCAAUUAUGUAAAUAAUUCGUCAGACCAGUUUCAACAUUUUUAUGGGCAGCAGCGAGAAAUAUAUGCUCAUGGCAGAUGUGAUGAUGUUUAUCCCAAUGGUGUAAUAUUAUCAAAUAGUGAUUCUUUGGUGCCUGAAAACACUUCUCAACAGCGGCCAUUUGUUAUGGACGAGCAGUACCCAUCAACAUCCAACAACACCGAUAGUGCCAGUAUAAUAUCAUGCAGUGCACCUCAGAGGUUUAACGGUGACACAAAUCACAAACAAUUUGCAAAAGCGAAAGGCUCGAAUUUGUUACCUGGUUCCUACAGCUCCAGUUCCACCGGUGAGAGUAUGAAUCCAGUUUGUCCAAGAUGUGAAAAAUACAUAAGCAAUUAUAAGGGAAAUAUGCAACGGCAUAUGAAAACUUGUGGUCGUUCAAACAGGCCUAAAAAAUAUAUGGUUAAAUCUGCGAAAAAAAAAGAUCUUUCUGCAACAUCAUUUCAAUCCUCACUUGAUUAUGUGAAUAACGCACAAUAUGUAACAUCUGGCAACAAUUCGGAUGCGCUUUGUGAUAGUUAUCAGCCUAAUGUAGCGCUUUCCGGUUUUUCAUCUCACACACUUGAAGAAAAGAGUUGGCUUAACAAUUCUGAGCGAUCUUGUACCUCAACACCGUCACUUGAGCCUCUUAUCAAAAAACCUGAUCCAUACAUUUGUUCACUCUGUCGUUUCGCCACAAUUUAUAAGGGUAAUAUGAAACGACAUUUAAUAACUUGCCAUGAUUUGAAAGAAAAUGACAUGAAAGAUGGAAAUAUUGAUAGUUUACGUGCUAGUCGGUGUGGUGCUCUACCUGGAUCACCAGCAUCUCGUCAUACAGAUACUCCGCAUUCUACUGAUGAGAAGCGACCAUGUUCGGAGCCACCUAAUGUUGAUUCAUCAGUUGUAGCUUCUCAUAAUACAGCAGGUAGUUGCAGUUCAUUCGUCACUAAUGAUUCAUUUGAUUCGCAAACGCAGUCAACCGUAACCGUAACUCAAGAUGAUGAUGCUUUCGAAUUAUUUAAUACUUGCAGAGAAAGAACUGUUGUAAAAACUGAAUGCAAUGCUUCAAAUAUGAAUAUUGAAUCCGCAGAUUGUGAUCAGAAAUUAAGUAGUAUUGACGAAACAAUCAAUGCAGUUGCAUCGAAUUACAGCUUAAAUAUGGUUGGGCGAAAAAAGUCGCUGCAAGAAAAAAAUAGAGGUUCAGCUAGAGGUUCCAAGCGAAUGGUCCGAAACAUGGAAGAAUUACGAGGUUAUUGGGAAUCAGAGCGGCUAAAUGCUGGUGACAGAUGGGAACUGGAAAGACCGAGGAGUUUGGGUCGAGGGAAGGGAAUGCAUUGCGGGUCGGAACAGAAUGAGCGUUUAAUUAUUGAUUCGGUAAUGCCUCCUUCAACGAAAUCGUUUACAACUCCAAGGUUUUUUGCGAAAAAUCACUAA